UGGUCGAUGCGAGACCGAGCGGAUCUCGUCGAUGUCGUCCGUGUGCUGACCGCGCAACCCAACCAACACACACACUCACACAAACACACCUGUGGAGAACGUGGCCCAACACACAAAAGUUGCACGGCCGUGUGCCGGGGUAGCCCUUUUGUAUCCUGCAAUUUAAUGCCAACGUUCCCGGCUCCGGCAACAAACUUUGGCUGCUCGUCGCCACACGAACCGAUCGAGGCACCGAAACUGCCCAGUGAUCCGAUCACAUUUUGAUACUUGCAAGUGGAUUACAAGUUUGUGUUUGUACCGUGAUCAAGUGCUAAAAGUUAAUGGAUAUUUUGCCUGGCGGUUUCGAUGGAUUUUAUUUGAUGAAUCGCUUUCAAUUCAGGAUUAAAUUUGGAUAAAUCACAACUCUCAUAUCCGAUGAAGUUUAGAUGAAGACGAAGUGAUGCGAAAAUGGCGGCCACUGACGGUCAGAUUACCGUGGCGGCGGCCCGUUGGGCCGACGAGGGAAGCUACCUACGCGAAUACGUAUCCAAGCACCAUCUGCCGGCUGUCGUGAAGAUAAUCAAGGGCCAGUAUGGGGGCUUGGGCGUCCCGACGCUGCCCAGUCCGGGCCUGCAAUCCACUGCGAUGCUGGUGUCCGCGGGCAAGCGGCAGAAGAUCAUCGCUCAGGCUGUGAAGAUCAAGGAAGGGCGCCGUUUGGUGUGCGUGGGACCCCGCCUUGUCAUACCCGAGACCUAUACUGGGUAUUUCGAGCUGCUCAGCGAGGAAGGCAGAGCCGUUCGGUGCAUAGAAUCGGUAGCGGAAUUGGCCCGAAGGAGGCCGGAGGAGGGCUGUUUGGUACGCGAAACGAUACGGGGAGUCCAAGCCAAGACUGAAUUAGAUGGUACCGUGGUCCCCGAGGGCGCCAGGACCAUACCGGCGGGUGAAAUACUAGUCCCAACAGGCGAGGCUGUUCUGUCUGGUUCCAAGGGUCGUUACCUCAAGUGUCUCGACAGUAGAGGCGACACCAUCCUUUUGGGCCUGGAACAGAGGGGAAAAUUCUCCGCCCUCGCCCGAGAAGACAACAUUAGCGGCGUACAUACCGCAAAGAACUUGUUGAGUAAGCGACUGCCUUUAACUGUUAGAUUAGUUCACGGAACGGCCCCGAGGGGCUUGAAAUCACCCAGUCAUUUUGUGCCAGAACUUAGGUUAUUGUCUAUAUUCGAAGAGGAACACGUGUUCGCCUUACCCCUGCAAAAAGAAAGUCAAAACGUCACUGCUUUACCCUUAGCUGCACCGCUGAAACUCCUCCGCACUCGCAACGAGGAACAGCUUAGAGAAAUGGUGGAAUUUAACAGACUGGUCGACAAAUGCACGAAACUGGCCAGCGACGUGGCUGACCGCAUCCAAGUUCUAGAUGGAAAACUAGGAGAUUCCAAGAAGCAGUCCCCCACACAGCCUGCCGAUUCUAAAAACGGUUUCCUACUGCGGCGCAGCGCAUCAUCCGAUUCAGCAAACCACCGCACCAAACACUCCUACCACAGGAGAGACGAAAACAGAAUCCCUGUUCAUUCCAAGGAUUACGACGAAAUCGACCAGAUCUACGACUACGUGCGUGGAUUCGCACCACUCCCUAAGAACAUUCGUUCCCCAUUUUCAGACCCAUCUCCGUCACUGACGUCCCACAGUUCCACUCCCUCACAUCCGGUGUCCGAUCUCACGAAACCAGAACCACCUCCUAUAGAAACGAUCCCGACGAAAAAAUUACAAGCGGAGAAAAGAAAUCGAAAGUCCGCUUCAUCGACCAUACGCGACAACCCAGCCAAAGUAACGACCCACACGGACAAAACUCCGCCGGGUCUGCCGAAGCUGUACGUCAAAAACGGGCAUUCACAAAGAAGCAGGCUGUUGAGGCAAAAGAGCGCCUCCCCCAUGAAGGAAACGCCGCCGAGUCCGAUGUCCAAGUCGGGCUCUCCCAUAUUCAACAUUCGCUACAAAUCAUUGAACAACCUCCAACAAGCUAUGGAGCUGGACGGCACCCUGGACUCGAGCAACUCGGGCGGCCGAGCGUCCGGCGAUUCGGGAGGCGGCGCCAAGCAACCGGAGAAGAGAUCUCGCAAACUGUCUAGACCCAGAAGUCUGACGAACUUGGUUUGGGAGAUCAGGGAGCACCCGGACAUAUCGAUGCCGAUGGUGGAGAAGCCGAAGAAAAUCAUUGAUCCUGCGGCCAUAGUUUAUAAGAAACACUCCAAGUAUUCCAUCAGCGGCCAAUGUCAAAGGCGCGGCAAUGGAACGCUGUAUUUAUAAAUAAAAUUGGAAAUUUAAUUAUCAUGUACCCCCAGCUUGGCUGUUUGUGAUUUGUUUAUUGUGUAAGUUUCGAAUAUUUUCUAUUAAUUUAAGACUUGUGAUUUUUAGAUUUUAGUAAAUUUUUAUUUAAAUUAAAAAUGAUGAUAACCUUUCAAUCAAAUAAUUUUAAAUAAAAGCUAUUACACUUGUA